CCUGCGCCAAUAUUGACGUCGCAUACGGGGCGUGAGGAUCAACUCUACGCCAAGGACGGCACUCGUUUGCUGUCGUGCAGCGUGGUGUCGCGAUCUGCCAAGGAAGGCGGCGGGAACGUGCUCUUGAUUUCCAGCUCGAAUCCUACGAAGAAGGACUGGCUGCUGCCUAAGGGGGGCUGGGACGAAGGCGAGACCAUUCACAGGGCAGCGUGGCGCGAGGUCAUCGAAGAAGGAGGAGUUGACGCACAGCUCAAAAUUGGUCUGGGAAAACUGAGCUUU